AUGUUCAUUACUUUAGAACAACCUCUUCUCUCAAAAUAAUAAGUAGAAACUAAUAAAUCGAGUAAGAAUGUCCAAAUGCAGACCUUUAAUUAUAUCCAAUAGGAUGAAAAUGGGUCAUAACUUGAGGAUGUUCCGAUAACAACAAGGAAAUUCUUACGCUAUACAAAUGGGAUUGAGGCUUAUUUGAAUACAUUCCCUUCUUUUAAUCCUGAUCAUUGGGCAAUAUUUACUUGGCGAUUAUUUAUCUGCUUCAUAGUUAUAAUUUAUUUCUACUUAAUACCAAUUCUAAUGUUUUUUGGAUAUGAAGUAAAUUGUUGAUUAAGUUAUUAGAUCAUCUCAGAGAAUUUGCAUAUUGAAAAUCUUGCUGUAUUUUUGUAUAUAGUGAUGUCUUUUUUGUUUAUUGAUAUCUUCAUUACUCUAAAUACAGGGUAUUAUGAUAAGGGAUAGAUCGUGUUGGAUAAGCAUAGCAUUUUUGUUAGGUAUAUUACUCAAGAAUUCUUAUUCGAUAUAAUUGCAAUAGUAGCCCUAAUUUUACAAGUAUCUUUUCGAGAUCAUUAUGGGUUUUUAAUUUGGAUUCCGUAUCUCUUCUAUUUCAAAUAUUAUUAUGUUACUUUGGUGGAUUCAUAAGUGGAAUAGUUACUAUAAGUUCAAAGGAAACUUAGGGCAUUUUACCAAAUAUUGAAAUUAAUUUUGACAAUCUUUUUUUUGGUGAACUUGUUUGCUUGUUUGUUUUAUGCAGCUGGAGAUUAUUGGGUUAAUUAAAGAUAAGAUUAUGGAUCAUGGCUGAUUUCAUCUGGAUUAUAAAAUGAUAUUUAUUCAUUGCCAGCAAUUAUAAAAUAUGAAUAUUCCUUUUAUUGGGCAUUAACAACCAUGUUGACUGUUGGAUAUGGAGACGUAACAGGUAAGAACCCUUUAGAAAUAUUUGUUUCGAUAAUAACAAUGAUUUUUGCUUGUGUCAUCUUUGCUAUGAUAGUCAGUGCAUUCUAAAAUGUAUUUUCAGAAAUUACUCAACACAAUAUGUAAUUUGACAAAAAAAUGACUGAUAUUAAUAGAUUCAUGAAGGACAAAAACGUAAUCGAAUUCUUAUAAAAAAAUAGAUUGAUUAAGAAACGUAACAGAAAGUAAGGAGAUUCUUUAGUUUUAUGUUCAGUGAAAAAGUGAGAGAUUUUAAUGAAUAGAUAGAAAUAAUUAAUUAAUUGGGACCUUAAUUAAAGGAUGAAGUUAUAAUGUAAUCAUAUGGUUUGAUAUUCAAAAGAACCUUUUGGUCCAGUCAAUUUUCUUUAGAGUAUUGAAAUUAAUAAUAAUUUAAAAGCUUUCAAAAGAAAAUUGCCUACCUCAUUAGUGAAUAGAUGUAUUGCGAUGGAGAAAUGGUGUUUAAUUAAAACCUAUGUAGUUUGAAUGGAAAUAACGACGAUGAUUGUCUCUAUUGUGUUAGCAUAGGACAUAUUCAACUAUUUCUAUAAUUUGAAGAAUAAGAUAUGAGUUUUUAUGAGGCAGAAUAAGAUUCAAUGUUCGGAGAAUUAGGGUUCUUAACAGGAAAUUCAAGAACUCUGUCAGCUAAAAGCACAACGAUCUCAUAAUUAUAUAAACUUAAAAGAAUGGAAUUUAUUUAGUUAUUAUAGUAGUUCCCACUGGAUUUUCAAUACUUCUGCUAACUCAGAGAUUAAAUCUUAUUCGGAUAGUACAAUUUGAUCAAUCUCAGCUGUUUCUGCUGUCAAUCAAGUAGUCAUCUAGCUAACGAUUGUCCAAAAUCGCAUUACUAUCCUAAUAAGAUAUUCUUGAUUAGCAGAAUCAUGAAAAAUCUAUAGGAAAGACAACCAUUCAAAAGAAACAACGUUCGAAAAGAUAAUCUAAAUUUAAGAAAGAUUUAGAGGGCUUAAGAGUAAGUCAAAUAAGAGUUGUCAUUUGGAUAUGAUCAGGAGGAAUUUGAUUAACUCAGCAAAUCCUUUAGUGUUGAUUUCUUGCAAGAUACACACAGUCAGAUCAGUGAAUAAGAUAUCAAUCACGAAUUCGACAUUGUCAAUGAAAUUGUUAAUAGAUUAGAGCAAAAGAAGAAGCAAGCACUCAUUGAAAUAGAUACAAAAUGUUCCUUCAAGAAUUACUAUCCAAAAUACAAUGCGGAAUAUAUCAUCUAGCAUUUUAAAAAGGAUAGAAGAUUCACUAGAGCAUUUACUAGAUUUAUUUGA